UCCUUGUGGCCAGACGGCAUGUGGCUGAGGCAGGCAAAAGAGCAGGUGGCCACAGAGCCUCAGGAGGGGAACUGGCGCUGGGCCUCUCUGGCGCGAGGAACGUGCACCAAGGGAGUGGUGUGAGAGAGCAAGGGCAGGAAAAUGGUUGUGUGCAAGCUUGCAGGGCUCAGAGGGUUAAAAUGCCCAGAGAAUCUUUUCUUUCUCCCCCCCCCCUUCCCUGGAGACCUCCGGGGUUGAAUUUGAGUUCCUGGUAAGCGGAUCCCAGCUGAAGGAGGGAAGCAGAAAUCCAGGGACUCAGCAAGCAGAAACUUCAGGCAGACAAGGCUGGCCCUGCACCCGACGGGAGCGAAGGGUGCCUGGUCGGAGCCCCCACGCGCCUGGCCUGGACCCCAGGGAGUAGCCCCAGAGGAGGAGGGAAAGGCCGGGCUCCAGGGGCGCUUUUCGAAGGGGCUGUGGCAUCUGGGAAGCUGGGUCCAGGGGAGAAGGGGAGAGGAGAGGGUCGAAAGUUUGGAGGGGAGGCGAGAGGAGUCAUGCGGAGCGGGCAGCCGGAGAAAGGCCGACUUUGGGAGCGGCCCGCGUGGAGCGGCAAGGAGAUCCAGAGCGGCUGCGAAGUGGAGGGCGGGGGGAAGCCCGUUCAGGUGGAGGGGGCGCUAGAGGCGGGCGCCGGGCUCUCUCCCGAGGCAGCCCGAGCAGCUUCGCGAGCCAGGGAAGCCCAAGGCGAGGGGAAGGGCGGCGAGCGGCGGCGGGGUCUGCUGGCGCGCAACGGGAUGCCCCCGAGCGCAGAGGCGAGAGCGGCGUCGGCGUCCGGGAAGGCUGCGCGCUCUGUGGAGGUGCGCCGCGACGCUGGCCAGAAGCGGCUUUACCACCUCGUCGGCGGCUUCGUCCGCUUCAUCUCCGGCAACCUGUCCGCGGAAGACAGCAGUGAUAGCGAGCUUGAACUAUCGACCAUCCGGCAUCAGCCAGAAGGGCUGGACCAGCUCCAGGCUCUGACCAAAUUCACCAAGAAGGAGCUACAGUCCCUCUAUAGAGGCUUCAAGAACGAAUGUCCCAGUGGCCUGGUGGAUGAGGAGACCUUCAAGCUGAUCUAUGCGCAGUUCUUCCCCCAGGGAGAUGCCACCAUGUACGCUCAUUUCCUGUUCAAUGCCUUUGAUGUGGACCGGAAUGGAGCCAUCCGCUUUGAGGAUUUUGUCAUUGGCCUCUCCAUCCUGCUGCGUGGGACCGUGCAUGAAAAGCUGAACUGGGCAUUCAACCUUUAUGACAUCAACAAGGACGGCUAUAUCACCAAGGAGGAGAUGCUGGCAAUAAUGAAGUCCAUCUAUGACAUGAUGGGUCGCUACACCUACCCAAUCGUGAGGGAAGAUGCUCCCAUUGAACACGUGGAACGGUUCUUCCAGAAAAUGGACAAAAAUCAGGACGGUGUGGUCACAAUUGAGGAGUUCCUAGAGACUUGUCAAAAGGAGGAAAAAAUGAAUGACAAAAAAAGGGAAAAGAUGCCACUUGCUUGCAAGACUUGCUGGAUUCUCACAACUGAACAUCUAGGAGCCACGGGGGAGAAAGGGCAGGGGGCGGGAGAGAGUGGCGGGGCUUUCCUGGGAAUCUCUGGUAUGGCAGGGAACGUCAUCAGGAAAAGAGGUGUCUUAGCCCAGGGAGAUAUUUUUCUAGCAGCCUAGUGAAGAAGAGUCCUGCUUUUCUGAGCGUGAACUCUACCCCUCCCUCCCCAAAUUGUUAAGCUCCAGUCCUCAAACCAUCAGAUCCUUCAAUACUUGAAUAGGGCAGUUUCCUCUGCAGAGUAGUGCUCUUGCAUAGCUCCUUUUCAUUCUGGUGGGGUUUGCAGAAGAGAACUUCCACAUUGCCACCCUGAACUGCACCCAUGGCCCUUCAUGGUAGAGCUACCUCUGCCCCCUCCCAGCUCUUUAUUAGCUGGGCACAAGUUCCAUAUCUCAGAUUUCACCCUGGAGACUACACAGGGUCUGCAUUGCACUUUUUUUCCCACUUUCCCCCUUAAGCUAAAGGGAGAGGAACAGGAAGAUGAUAUGCAAGUCCAUUUGGAAACAGACUGUGUGUCCCACUCCAACACCACUCCUGGCUGCCUCACCCUAUGUAAGCACACAGGUGCUGUAAUUUGACUGCAGCUUACCAGAGCAAUGCCUCUUGGGUGGAUGUGCAGCAGCAGAGCUCUAGGAAUGUUUGUUGGCUCUGAGACAAUUCACCUCUCCUCCCUUUCACAGCUCGGCUCUUCCUGUCUUCUGUUUAACUUAACUGCAGGCAAGUCCUUGAAAGCUUUGAUCUUAAGCUUCGUUAGCAGGUAUUCUGCAGACGUAUUCUCCUGGAAAGAAAAAGGAAGGACGGUAUUCCUUUGAAUGUACUUGGCCCUGUGCCUGACACAGUAUGAGCCAGACGCCUCUAUGCCAGUGGUCCCUCUAGGGACCUUGUCCACAUUGACGUGUCUGCUCCAUAACCCUUAAGCCAGGGGUGAGGAACCUUUUGCACUCCAGAUGUUGCUGAACUGCAACUCCCAUCAACCCCAGCAAGCAUGGCCAACGUCCAAGGAUGAUGGGAGAUGUAGUCCAGCAACAUCUGGAGGCCCAAAGGUUCCCUGCACUUGCUCUAAGCAAUUGCAAAGGAUUCUGGAGCACCUCCCAGGUCACACACUCAAUUUAUGCUAGCUGUAGGCCUUACUAUUGCACUGCAUGAACUGAAAAAUGCAUCCUGGAAGGUGUCCCAGAAUGCUUUGCACUAGCUGUGGGGAGAACAGGGGCUCUAUACUGACCUUCCUCUCCCUCUACUAUCCGGGCUUGUAGAAAGAUUGAAAACCCAGGACGAGACAAUUCCCCUCCCUUCCCUUGCUUCUUGCACAGCUCGGCUCUUCCUGCUUUCUGUUUAACUUAAUUAUUUUAAAAUUAAUUUUCAGUUUGCAUUUUUCCUUCUUACAAUUUACGGAUGCACACCCUUGCACAUUUGCAUUGAUUAAGUCACACUGCAAGAUGAAAAGAAAGGGAGUCUUGACGUGAUCACAUUUAAAAUUCCUUUUUGUGGUUCAGUUUAAUCACACACUUAUGUCCAUUAGUAAUUUGUAUAGGAAAGGAAACGAUCUGAACAGGAAAGUGCAGCAAACUGAAAUUUAAAAACAAAAGCGAAAAGGCAGAAUGGCUGAUUGCUGUCCCAUCAGUGCUGUUCCAGAAACAAGAUCAGGGAAUUCGGGACGCCAAAUCCCAGGGAGAAAUUCAAAAGGGCAGAUUUCAUAAGCAUCCCCCAAAAUCACCAGCCUGUGCCAUAAACCCAAAAUGUGGCCGGACCUGGCACUUCAAAGAGGACAGAGCCCUACUCACCUGCUGUAAUUUCAAUUUCAGAUUUCUCUUCUUGUUCUCUUAAGACUUAAAUGGCAAUUAUCCCCUCGCCCCACCCCAUUCCUGUGCUCCAGUUGCCUUGCGCCCCAGACAGGGUCUCCUGCGAUCCACCAGGCUAUGAAGUGUGGUUACCCUGCCCUCUCCCACCCACUCCCCAAAUCCCUCUCAGGAUGUUGUGAGUUUGAACUUGAUGCUUCCUGAUGUAUGUACAAUUACAGUAUAAGGAGCGGCCGCAUGUCCCACUCGCCUUUUAUUCCAGCAUCUCCUGAACCUCCUUUCACAGCACAAUCUGGGGAGACAGUCACUGGUUCUUGUACUCUGUAACUACUUGAUAUUCAGUCACUGUAUAUUUUAAUAAAAUAAACAUGAAAAAAGACAAAGAAGCUUCUGCCUGUC